CAAUCUGUUACUAUGGAUACGUCAGCUACCCUUACGUCAGAGUACUGCGACUGCAUUGAUAGGUGUUCUUGUGACUGGGGUGACGUCACGAGGCGGAAGGGUGUCGUGGAAUCUAAUGAAACCAAUGCUGUGUUUCAAUUCAUUCAUAUAAAGAAAACGAGAGGUAACAGAAUGAAGAUCCAUUUGAUACUACUGUCUUGCUUUCUUGGGCUUGGUCUGACAGUGCCCAUUGAGCGUCCUACUCCAAAAAAGGAAACUGAGCCUCCUCGGGAGACUGCGGAUACUGGAUUGUACUAUGAUCGUUAUCUACGGGAGGUUAUCGAUGUCUUAGAGACAGAUGGACACUUCCGGGAAAAGCUUCAGGCAGCUAAUGCUGAUGACAUUAAGAGUGGGAAAUUAAGCAAGGAGUUGGAUUUUGUUAGUCACCAUGUCAGGACUAAAUUGGACGAGUUGAAAAGGCAGGAAGUUUCUAGGCUUCGGAUGCUGAUCAAAGCCAAAAUGGAUGCAACCAUGGAAGAAAAUGUACAGAUUGACCACGUGGCUUUGUUGAAACAGUUUGAGCACCUGGACUCCCAGAAUCAACAUACCUUUGAGGCUCGGGAUCUUGAACUGCUCAUUAAGGCUGCCACUGCAGACUUGGAGAACUACGAUGCUGCUCGCCAUGAAGAAUUCAAGCGUUAUGAGAUGUUGAAGGAGCAUGAGCGUCGUGAAUACCUCAAGUCACUAGAUGAGGAGAAGAGGAGACAAGAAGAGGCGCGCUUUGAAGAGAUGAAAAAGAAGCACAAAGAGCACCCCAAAGUCAAUGUACCAGGAAGUAAAGACCAACUGACAGAAGUGUGGGAAGAAACAGAUGGCCUGGAUCCCAAUGAAUUCAACCCUAAAACAUUUUUUAACUUGCAUG